CGUUUUGAAAGGGUAACAUGAUGCUUUUUGUCUAGUUUGACGUAAAACAGCUUCAAUUUGCUCCAAUUCCAUUUUUUCAUUGAAGUGGAUUUUAUGUUAAAUUCUUUAUAUGAGUAACAUAACUGGUGAUUACCAUUUGUUCCUCGUGUCGUUAUUGGUGUUACUCGUUGUCAGAGUUUGUUUCUGAGACGGUGAUCGCACCCAAUCUGUAUGCAACUAUUACGCGUCGCCUCGACUAUGUCUUGCCAAGGAUCAUAUUCGGGCCCCGGGGACGAGUAUGACUUCGAGGACGACGGGUACGACGACCUGGACGAAUACAGGGACAGAGACGACACGUUACCAGCAGCACCUCCAGUCGAGGACAGUGACGAAGACACAGAAGAAGCUAGUGAGACGGACAUACCCCACAAUGAUGAGCCACUCGAAGUCAAAGAACAAUUAUACCAAGAUAAAUUGGCAAACUUGAAGAAACAGCUGCAGCAGCUCGAGGAUGGCAUUCACCCAGAGUUCUUGAGGAGGGUCAAGCGGCUAGAACACCAACUUAAUGAGAGGAUCCGAAUAAAUAAAAUAUAUAGGGAACACAUGUAUGAUGUAGUAGAAAAAGAGUACAUAGCGGAGAAGAAGGCAGCGGCGAAAGAGUUUGAAGAGAAGAAGAUAGAGUUAAGGGAAAACUUAUUAAAUGACUUUGAGGACAAGAGGAAAAUGAUUGAGAGUGAGAGGCACAGCAUGGAAUUAAAUGGAGAUUCUAUGGAGGUUAAACCGGUGAUGAAGCGAAUUCUCAGACGGCGUGCCAAUGAGCCUGCGCCUGCGCCUGAGAAGCGGCGGAAACCCCUCACGACAACGCUCACGUUCCAAUUGGAUGAGCGAGACAUCGAGGCGGACCUACGCGCCAUCUCGCGGCAUUCACCGCCACCCAGGCAUCAUGCGCCAGCGCACAACUCCACGCAACCCAGGAAGCAUUUAAAUUCGAGUAGUUGUGACUCACCAGUUCGAGACAGCGGUGAGACGACGGAGACGCGAGUGGAAGAUGGGAAGCUGUUGUACGAGCGUCGGUGGUACCACCGCGGCCAGAGCGUCUCCGUGGAGGGACGGGACAUGCCAAAGUUCCCCGGACAUAUACACGCUAUCACCGAUGAGGCGAUAGUGGUAAAAAAGAACAACGUGGAGCGAGUACGGAUAUACAUUUCCCAGUUAGCUCGCGGGAAAAUAACAUUAAAGCGGAGAGCUUCAUAGACUGUACUGAAGAACCUAGGCUACGUUUAUAGUGCAUACGCUAGCGUGUGGAGUGAUCGGCUGCCUGGCAGAGUGAGUGCGACAAGAAAACAAAUGUGUAUGUAAAGAUUUCAUGAAUUUUUAUAACUCUGUUGUCCAACAACUAAGGAUUUAUUAGUGUUGCUAUCUUUUUUCCGCAAGUUGAGAGAGAUGGAAUGAACUAUACAUAUAAUUUUGAUGAUAAAACAAAUUGAAAAUGACUGUAAGGUGUAUGAACCAGAUGUAUGAAUUCGAGACAUUUUUAUGGUCUUCAUCAUAUCACGAACUGUGCGCGUGCAUUUUUAUGUGUUAUAGAGAAGUUGUCUGCGCACAGUUUGUGGAAUACUGUAUUUCGUCAAUAUCAAGCCGUGUAUCUUACUAUUAGAUGCAAGUUUGUGAGUCUGUAUGUUUGUUACUCAGUUACGUCAAAUCAGCUAAAGGGAAUGGAAUGAAAUUUGGAACAGGGGUAGACUAUAUUCUGGAAUAACACAUAGGCUAGGUACUUUCUAUCCCACUAGAACUCGGGCGAAUCCGCUGACAGAAGCUAGUUCCGAAAACUCUCAAGCGGUGCAUCCGCUAUACUUUAUGGAAGUAUCAUUGUACUCUCAAUAUUUUAACUAAUCCAAAUCUAUUUAUUAUAGUCUUCUACAUUGUCUGUUUAUGUUUAAAACUAUAAAUAAUAUUAAAUAUCAAUUUUAAUACAUGUGUCAUUUUGAUUCUGUCUUUUUCUCUUUGUGCAGAAGAAGAAAAGAUAGCAAUAAUUACUUUUAGCAUAGGUCAUCAUCUCCGCCUACUACCGUUGGAUGACAGAGUCAACAAGGAUUGAAACAAUUCAUUAAACCAUUAUUAAUGUAUUAGAGUAAGACCCCAGGCCGCCAGACAUUACUUUUUUUUUUAAAUAAUCCUACCAAGUCUCUGAUUUGAUGUAUAAUGUUUGGGUGACUAUUUUAAUGCCAUCCCUACGUACGAAUUUACUUUACGUUUAAAGUAAUUGAAACGUAAGUAAGGUCUGGCGGCUCUAGGAUCUUAGUCAUAUACUUUGUCAAAUUGUAGAAAAACAUUACUUGUUAUUUUCAUAAUUUAUUUGGUAACAUAAUUGGAUUAUGAAUUUUAUUCCAAACAUGUUUCAUGUGAUUCACACUUGGUGAUAAAUCAAUUGCAAUGUAUCUUAUUGGCACAUUUAAAUUAUGAAAUUUUUAUUUGAUAUACUACAAAAUGAUUGAUUUAGCAAUUUGUUUAAUUUCCUAUGUUACAACAUUCUGAGCUGACAUUGGUUUCUUUAAGUUGUAUGGUUUGAAGUGGUGCAGUGUUGUAACAAAAUAUCUCGAAUUUAUAGAAUUCUAUUUUGUUGUGAAAUGUACCACAAUCUUAUCUGAUACACAAACACCAAUAAGUUUACGUAAUUUCAAGUAAUAUUUGGGGGUCUUCUUUAUAGUGCAUAUAAGUAUACACUGCUAAAAUAGCAAUUAUGGUAUUGUUAUUGCAAUGUCAAAUUUAUCGCUGAGAUAUUAGGACACCUUUUGUACUCUCUAGAAGUUUUAAGGCAUAUUUUUGCCUAAUUGUUGAAUACUUUACAGUUUCAUCUUUUCCUUGUAGAUCCUCUAUCUAAACAAUUUCUUAAUUUCAUUAAUCUUAGUAUGUUUUUCACACCUAACAUGCUCUUAUUCUGGAAGGCCCCUUAAAGGUACGCGUCCAUACACCCGCAUCGUACGCAUCGCACGCAACGGAUUUUAGUUUUGUCUUGUAUAGAAACUCAUACAACUGUGUCCACUCAGAUGCGUUUUGAUGACGUCAUACGGGACGCGUGCGAUGCGUACGAUUCGAGUCUGUGGAAGCUUACCUUAAUAAACCCACAUUACUGAUUUUAUUGAUACAUGGCCUAUAGAUCUCACCACAUCCUUGAUUUCAUGGUACAACAUUGCUGGUCCUACAUUGACUAUGAUCUCAAAACUGCACAACUUUGUCGUAUGUAUUGUUCGUUUGUGUUAUUUAUAAAUAAUUAUGAAUUUAGUUUCCCGAUAGAACAUGGAGGUCUCCCGUUUUUAAAUUAUUAAAAAUAGUUUUGUUUUGUUCAUAGAAAUGCGGAGUUGGUAUAUUUAUGUGUUCUUAUAAUUCUGCUGAUGAUUAUGUAGCUCUUUUCAAAUUAGAUUUUUAGUGCAAUUAAUCAUAUGCACACAAUGCAUUUAACAAAUAAUGUAAAUGAAUGUUACUUGUAAUGAAAGAAGAAAAUGAUUUGUUUGACAUUUUUAUAUAACUUAAGAUCAGUGCCCUUUUUCAAGAGGGCUUAGUACGAGUUUACUUUACGUUUAAUGAAAACCAAACGAGAUCGCGUUCGGCGCUCUGAUUGGUUGGUUCAUUCGUGCCAGCCAAUCAGAGCGCCGAACGCGCUCUCGUUUCGUUUUCGUUAAACGUAAAACAAAAUCGUACUAAGGGUACUGAAACUAUUGUAUACAAAAAUGUAAUAAAAUGUUUUGAUACCCAACUACUAUGCUACUCAGAUUCAGAGUAAUGUUAUGUUAUCGUUUUUAUCUCUAUGGUAUUGUGGAGUUAGCAUAACACGAAGUGCAAUUCAAUAUUAAAUAACUUUUUAAUAUUCUUGAAAUAAUCUGUUUAUGAUCCUCAAAGGAACCAUUCAUUUUUAUGUACCUAUGUCAAACAGUUGGCCUCCACUUUCGAAUUUAUUUUAUUUUUAUUUAAUCACUUUAACGAGACAUGUUAAUGUAAGAGAGUGUGAGCAUAAUGUGUUUGCUAGGCACUAUGUGUCUUCCACCUGGCUCAGCCAAGGAAAAUUGACAACUCAAGAUGCAGUAUUGAAAAAGAUAUGUAAAUAAUGUACAGUGUUUGUAGUAUAUGAUCAAAUGAGGUUCUAUGUGAAUGGAGAGAAUUUUCUACUGUCCAUUUUUAUUUCAGAUUGUUUUUUUUUAUAUAUAUUUUUGUGAUUUAUUAUUGUAAAUGAGUUGUGAAUUGAGAUGUAAAUAGUAUGAGACGUUUUUACGGAUGUAAAUGAUAUUGAGACAAGAUCUUUUAAUUAUAUAAUGUAAUAUAAGUA